AUGUGGUUGGCCCUGCUGCUGCUGCUGCUGCCCACGGCGCUGCGCCUGAGCCUGGCAGGGCCUCUCCAGGAGAGUGUCCUCCUUUUCCGGCUCACUCAGCAGGGUCCCUGGGGAAGCGGGACCAGCAACGCCACCGGCUCGCCCUGCGAGGGGCUCUUUCUCACGGGGGCCACGACCUUGACCCUGGAGAACCGCAACCUGAAGCACCUGCCGGGCUGCCUGCCCCGCGCGCUGCGCAGCCUAGACGGCAGCCACAACCUGCUGAGCGCCCUGGGAGCGUCGGAGCUCGGCCACCUGCCGCAGCUGCAGGAGCUGACGCUGCGCCACAACCGCAUCAGCGCGCUGAGCUGGGGCCCCGGCUGGCCCCCGGAGCUGCACGCACUGGACCUCAGCAACAACCAGCUGGUCGCCCUGCCGCCGUGCGCCAGGCCCGCGCUGGGCAGCCUCCGAGCGCUGGAGCUCUCCGGGAACCCCCUGCAGGAGGUGCAGCCCGGGGCCUUUGAUUGCUUUCCCGCCCUGCGUCUGCUCAACCUCUCCGACACCGCGCUGGGCAGCGGCGCCCAGGUGGGCAUCGCUGACGCCACCUUCGCGCCCCUGGCCACUCUCGAGGUCCUGGACCUCAGCGGCACGCUCCUCAAGCAGGUUCAGUCUGGGUGGAUCAGAGACCUGCCCAAGCUCACGUCCCUCUACCUGAGGAAGAUGCCCAGGCUGAAGAGCCUGGAGGGGGACAUUUUCAAAAUGACCCCUGACCUACAACAGCUGGAUUGUCAAGAUUCCCCAGCACUUACCUCUGUCCAGACACACAUCUUCCAAGACACUCCCCGCCUACAGCUCCUUCUGCUCCAGAACUGCAACUUGAGUUCCUUCCCUCCUUGGACCCUGCAUUCCUCCCAGGUCCUAUCCAUCAACCUCUUUGGCAACCCCCUCACUUGCAGCUGUGAGUUGUCCUGGCUCCUCAUGGAUACAAAGAGGACAGUCCUACGCAGGGCAGCAGACACUGUGUGCGCACCAGCUGCAGGCUCCGGCGGGGCCUUCUCAGCCUCUCUCCUGCUGUCCCAGCUACCCAGUGUGUGCCACUGGGCCCAGAGCACCACCCUCCUUGACUCCAACCCACCCUCCUCUGGCUGCUCCACCCACACACCACCUACACAGGGUCCUUUCACCCCGCAGAGCACAGCCCUUUCCACUCAAGCUGUGGGAGGCCGACAGAGCGUCACAGAGGCCCUCUCCCACCCUGUGGGUACCCUCUCACAAGCUGUAUGGUUGCACAGCAGUGUUGGGGCUGGGGCCACCGCCUCCACGACCAUCCCUACAGCAGGUCCCAGAAGCUCCAGUGGUCCACCCAGGUCUGCAAGCACAGCCGAGACAGAGCACGGAGAACAUGCUGCCCGGCUUGUCCCUGACCCUAACAUCUCAGCUUCCUCCACCCCACCGGCCAGCAAACAACUUGGUCUCUUCCUUGCCUCCCGGAACCCACUGAACACACCCCAGCACAACUGGACGACACAGGCCACCCCGCAGGCUCCCCACCCAAGUCCUUCUGAGGGUGAAAUUCCAAUCUUGAAUUUGGACGACUACAGUGAGGAGGAGGAGGAGCGGAAGGCGGAGAAGGUGGGAGCGCCUCCCCGGGAUGUCGCCUGUGACUAUCACCCUUGUAAGCACCUCCAGACCCCCUGUGCAGAGCUGCAGAGGCGCCAGUCGUGCCGGUGCCCCGGCCUCAGCCAGGAAGACACUGUCCCAGACCCUCCCAAGCUGCAGGGGGUGUCGGAGACCACCGACACGUCCGCGCUUGUCCACUGGUGCGCCCCUAACUCGGUGGUGCGCAGCUACCAGAUCAGCUACUCUCCGGAGGGCUGGCCGGGGAACCAAUCGGUGGUAGGGGACAUCUAUGCCACCGCCAGGCAGCACCCCCUGUACGGGCUGUCGCCCGGCACCACGUACCACGUGUGCGUUCUGGCGUCCAACAGGGCGGGGCUGAGCCAACCGCGGGCCUCGGCCGCGAGGGGUCCGUGCGCCACCUUCACCACCAAGCCCAGCUUCGUGCUCAUCUUCGCCGGGCUGUGCGCUGCCAGCGGCCUGCUGCUCCUCAGCACCCUGCUGCUGUCCGCCUGUCUCUGCUGGCGGCGCCGCAGGCCGCACAGGCAGGGCGACACGCACCUGGUGGCCUACAAGAACCCAGCCUUUGACUACCCGCUGAAGCUCCAGACCUUUACUUAG